AUGGCACUGAGCUACAGCAAGCAAGAUGACACUACAGUUGUAAAGAAGUUCUGCUAUCAGGAGGUGGCCGAGUCCAUGAUUCUCCCAGCCAACUCCAGGACUCUUCCUGUGAUGCUGAGACACCUGCCCGAUGUGAAGCCUGCCAACGGCAGAGUCGCUGCAGGGACUGGCAUUGUUGUGAUCUCCUAUGGACCAUUCGAUCCGGUCCUGAGCGACAAGACCCAAUUUCCAUCUCUCUAUCAGGUGGCCCCCAGGAUCUCCUCUCUGCCUCGGGGGAUGGUCCGUUUAAUGGUACAUUUUGGCUGGACUUGGGUCGGGCUGGUGGUGUCAGAUGAUAUGAUAGGAGAGAGAUUCCUCUCGGAUGUGACCGGGGAGAUGGUCAGGAAUGGUGUCUGUGCAGCCUUUACCAUAAAGUUCCCCAGUGAGAGGUUCAACUUUUAUUUAGCCUGGAAAGUCUACUACAGGGUCACGGCUACCUCAGCCACAGUGAUGGCUGCCUAUGGGGAUGCAGAGUCCCUAAGCCUUCUGAGAUAUGUGAUAGAGAGGUCUGGACUGUUCAAGAUGGUUUUGAUCACCACUUUUUACUGGGACUUUACUUUGAACAUUAAGAAAGUGACAAACAACUACAACUUUCAUGGAACUUUCACAAUGGCAAACCUUAUUAAAGAAGUUCCCCAUUUCAGGGAUUUUUUACGGACAGUUAGACCAGAAAAAUAUCCAGAAAUCAUUGUCUUGAAGGAGUUCUGGGAGUCUGCCUUUGACUGUUCCUUUUCAUUUCCUGAACUGGGUGGAAGAAAAUGCUCAGAAAACGCUUCCUUGGAGUUGCUGCCUUUGCACCAUUUUUCCCUGACGAUGUCUGCCCUGAGUUACAGUGUGCACAAGGCCAUGUAUGCUGUCACGCAGGGGCUCCAGGAGUUGCUCCUGUCCUGCUCAGACCUGGAAUCUCGGGGAAACAAGGAUUGUCUGGUUCCUCAUCUGUGGCAGCUCCAUGAGUUUCUGAGAAAGCGUGAGUUUGACAACCGUGCCGGGGAAGUGGUUAUUCUGGACGAGAACCGCAGAUCUGCUGCAAAAUUUCACCUUCUGAACUUUGUGAUUUUUCCCAAUGGAAAUGGUGAGUUGGUGAAAGUCGGAGAGGUGGACCCCCAGGCACCCCCUGACCAAGACGUCAUCUUCGAUCGUGUAGCCUCGGGGAGCCUCUCAGGCGUGGAGCAGUGUGUGAAGUGUCCCGAAGAUCAGUAUUCAAACAUUGCGAGAGCUAGCUGCCUUCACAAAGUGGUGACUUUCCUGUACCCCAAAGAACCGUUGGGGCUGAUCCUGGUCUGCAUGACCCUCUCCUUCUUUCUCCUCACAGCCCUGGUUUUAGGGGUCUUCAUUAAGCACCGGGACACCCCCAUAAUCCAUGCCAAUAACCUCAAUCUCAGCUACACCCUCCUCAUCUCCCUCAAACCGUGCUUCCUCUGUGCCCUGACCUUUAUCGGCCAACCCACCACAUCCUCCUGCCUCCUCCGACAAACAGCUUCUGGAGUCGUGUUCACUGUAUUCGUCUCCUCCAUUUUGGCCAAGACUGUCACCGUGAUUAUGGCUUUCAAGGCCACAAGCUUGGGGAGCAGAGUCAGAAGGUGGGUGGGGCCCAGAGCCUCCAUCUCAAUAGUCCUGUCCUGCUCCCUGGUCCAGGUGACCAUCUGUGUGAUCUGGUUGGGCACCGCUCCCCCAUUCCCGGAGUUGAACACACGCUCUGAGCCCGGACUCAUUAUCCUAGAGUGUAACGAGGGCUCCGUGAUUGCCUUCUACUGUGUCCUGGGCUACCUGGGCUUUCUGGCCCUAGUGAGCUUCACUGUGGCUUUCCUGGCCAGGAGGCUGCCCGACAGCUUCAAUGAAACCAGGUUCAUCACGUUUGGCAUGCUGGUGUUCUGCAGCGCCUGGGCCUCUUUCCUCCCCGCAUACCAGGGCACCAAGGGGAAGGCCACAGUGACCACAGAGAUCUUCUCCAUCCUGGCCUCCAGUGCCGUGCUUCUUGGCUGCAUCUUCAUCCCACAGUGUUAUGUCAUCCUGCUGCAGCCUGACAGGAACACCUGGGAGUGGUUGAAGAGGAAAUGA